AUGGUUAAGACACCUCACGAUGCGCUAUACACUUUCUUUGUGAAUGUCAUGAAAGCAGUGAAUCUAUUUAAAGAUAACGUCUUUGUCGGCUCUGAGGAGCUCUUCGUGCCUAUCAACACAAAAGGGGAACUAUAUGAGGUAUGCCCGGAGGAGCUGUCACCAGCGGAGUGGGAGCCAGCAGGCGAAGGGCGUGGGCCCACGCCGCCGCCCCCAGAGGUCGCUGCACGCGCUCAUCGACUGCCACAUCUGCUGAGUAUAUGGCGGUUGCCGACGCGCGUGAGACUGCUCGCCGGGACUGUGCCCAUUGAGAUGGCACAUGAUGUUGGAGACGACCUUCUACUACGGGCAGCAGUGACUGAACCGGUUCUCGUGAUGUGUACACUUCCGGAGUAUGGUUCAAUGCCGUCCAGCCCGAGCAAACAGGUUGACCCUCGCUACCACGCCAAGGAGAUGCUUCAACUGCUUCCACUGAACAGCGCCAUCAAAAUACGUCGAACGCAGCUUGGUUUUGAAAGUGAGAAACGAAUGUUCCUGUCCGCACGCCUCCAAAAAGCUCUAACUUUCUGUCAACUUAAUGUUGACAACUGGAUCAGGCAGAUCUCCUACGCUAAUCCCUCUGUAAUUGGGAAAGCCAAAACUGCUGAAGAUCUUAUGAAAGAAGACCACGAACCGGUUAAGUUUGAAAAAGAACGCAAAUUUACCUUACAAGGGUUGAAAAUUGAUACGUCAAGGUUAUUCGGAAAAAGCGAAAAGGUACUACGAGAUAUACCUGACGAAACAGAGGGAUCUAUUAUUUUUUUAAGUAAGAACGAACUCGAGCACAUGAACUACGAUGUAUACAGUGAUGACGAAAGUAAAGAAGAGAAACCGGAGGUAAAAAUUGAACAGGAACAUUUUUCGAGUGAUAAGAUGCAUGUUUUCAGAGAAGAUUCUGGACACAAAAAGAGCAAAUGGUUUAAGAAUUUGAAACUUUUAAAGAGUACGGAAAAAAUAACAGAUGAAAAAAUAACUGUGAUUGAGAAUAGUGAAAAGCUAAGAGAUUUCAAAGAUCCUUUCGAUCCUCAGGCAGAGAAGCAUAGCUCUAUAGAACGAUACCAGGAUAUGGCCAAAUUAAUUGAAGAUAGGUUUGGCGGAGCAAGGAAGAACGACGGGACGACCGAAAACUGUCAUUCUUAUAAGAGUCUGACAACUUCUUCAUCGGAAAUGGACACAAGUCAGUGCAGUUCAAGUCAUAAAAAGCCUGUGCUAACAAAAUCUGUAUCAGUUCAGACAGGAAUGUUGCCAGAUAGCUCUUAUGCAGAAGAUGAUAGUGGCAUUAAUAUGAAACACAGUCGUAAAAACUUGAGUGUCGACCAAAUCAACUACUGCGGUUCUAUGGAGAGUGACACAAGUUCUGGUAGGAAACUAAAGAGUUUGGAUGAAAAUAUGCUCAAGAAAUCUUCAGCUACAAAGUCAUCUACGAAUCUUGAACGAAGACAAAGAAUACAACCUGACUUAAUACCUGAAAAAGCCAUGGUCAAAUCAGAGUCAUACAAUCAGGUUCAAAGCUGUGAAGAAAUUAAUAUGUUUGGUGUCGGUUCUUUAUAUAAUGAUAGCGAUUUUGAAAUAAAUUAUAAACAGCAUUCAUUUAUAACAGAGAAACUUUGCUCAGAAUUUCAUGUGAAAACAAAAAGGGUAUUAAGCAAAUCCACAUCUAAUUUACUUCAUCCUAAGAAACCUAGCGAUAAAAAGGAAGGUAGCAACAGUAACAGUAUGCCAACCAAGACAGAGAGAUCAGCAGAUAAUGAAAAGGUUUUGAACUUCAGGAAGAAAAUCGAUAAACCCAGAGCUCCUACACCAAAAUCUGAAAUAGAAGAUGAUAUUACAACUAUAGAUAUUUCGGAAGAACCACAAAGACAAGUUAAAAUUCGAAGAUCGAUUUCAUCGAUACAGAAACGAAAGCUGCCAGUUAUCGAAGAUUUACCUUAUGGUCAAGUGGCUGAUGCUGUUCAUGUUGAAGAAGAAGAAAAAGUUGAAUCAGAUGCUAGCUCUGAUAAUAUUUAUGCGGAGAUCUGUACUCCUAAUGGUAAUAAGGCUUGCGACGAAGGAAGCUACGAUAAUAACAUCGACGUGCUCGCAAACGAUCCAGUCAUAUGCAAUGUAAAAAAAGAAGUUAUAAGUAGGAAUGAUGAAAGGGCGAGGCAAAUGAUAGAAAAUCAGGAAAACCCAUUUAGACACAUUGAAGUGGUCGUCAUCGAAAAGACCACAGACUUCGAUUUAGAUAACUCAAGCAUUACGUCCAGUGAAGUAGACGAUAUGGGAAGUAGAAAUGAUGUCUCGAUAAUAGAGUCGUGGAUAGGCGACAAGGAUGCUACAGAAAAUAAAAUCCACGCCAUCAGAUUAGAAAUAACUAACAAUAUUGACGAAUUUCCGAUCGAAAACGAUAAUAAUAUAGAAAAAACUGAAAUUUGUUUAAGUAAAGAGAAUUCGUUAAGUUUUAGUAACAGCAUACAAUUGAAUGGUACAUAUCCCAACGAAGCCAUCUAUGAUACUUUAAAAUAG